ACUCGAUUAAUCACUGAUCCAGUAACUUUUUAUUUUUGGACCAAAAAUAAAAAUCUCGAAGCGCAAAGAAGAAGGAAGCAACGAUGGAAUUGGAAGUCGACGAGAACGACUUGAAAGCCGCCGACGCCGAAAUCUUCGUCGACGGUGGCCGGAGAGGCAUUCGCAUCCAUGGUUGGUUGAUCGAGUCUCGCAGGAACUCCAUACUCAACUCGUCAAACGUUCAAGAGUGGGAAAAGAAACUUGUGACUUCUCAUUUACCAGAAAUGGUUUUUGGGGAAAAUGCUUUGGUUCUGAAACACUUGAAUAGUGGAACCAAAAUUCACUUUAAUGCAUUUGAUGCUUUAUGUGGAUGGAAACAGGAAGCUUUGCCACCUGUUGAAGUUCCUGCAGCGGCUAAAUGGAAGUUUAGAAGCAAACCCUUUGAGGAAAUAAUAUUAGAUUAUGACUAUACAUUUACAACACCUUAUUGUGGAAGUGGUGCUAUUGAGAUUGAUAAAGAUCUGAAUGGUGGAAAGAUAUCGGAGGAAACCGGCGAUCUCCAUUGGGAAGACUGCAAGGAACAAAUUGAUUUGGUUGCAUUGGCAUCCAAGGAGCCUAUACUUUUCUAUGAUGAGGUGGUGUUAUAUGAAGAUGAACUCGCUGAUAAUGGAGUAUCACUUCUUACUGUAAAAGUGAGAGUCAUGCCAAGUUCUUGGUUUCUUCUCUUGCAAUUCUGGCUUAGAGUUGAUGGAGUGUUGAUUCGACUGAGGGAAACUCGUAUGCACUGUGUAUUUGGUGUAAGCAAAAAUCCUGUUGUACUUCGGGAGAGCUGCUGGAGAGAAUCUACUUUUCAAGCUUUGUCUGCGAAAGGGCACCCUUUUGAUUCUGCAGCGUAUAGUGAUCCAAACAUCAUCAGCCAGAAGCUCCCCAUUGUCAAGCGUGCGACCCAAAAGCUUGUAUUUUCCUCUUAAAGUUAUAAGGCUGUAAAUGUCCUUCAGGGAUUCUGAUAAGUUGUUAUCUUGUUUAUAUUUUAUUCUAACUUAUGCCAAGACUGUUGAAAUCAUCACUUGCUUCUUAUGGGAUGAGCUCGGGUUGAGAUGCAUGCAACAUUUGUUUUGUACUUUUACAAAAUGUGGGAGCUUAAACUUGUGGAGAAGGUAAUGUGUGGAACUGAGCAGACACUCGCAUGCUAAUCAUUUAAGGAUGGUUUGUUUGACUUACUGACAAACUUCACAUCCAAUAGUUUGGUUCAUUUUUCAGUAUUAUUAGUGUAUUUUAUUGGAUAACAAAUCAUAUUAUAGGCUUACCAAAUUAUGAAUCUCUCAUACUCUUCAUAUGCUUACAUAAUAUUUGUAUCCAUAUUUGACACUGGUCA